AUGGAUAAAUGGGCUGCCACCAACUUCUGCAAGUGUGAGUACACUCCCCUGAGUGCCGAGUUGAACACCGCAAAUAAGACGAUCGCAGGCAUAUGCUUCGGCUCCAAUUAUACCAUUCUCAAACUUGAUAUACCGGACGACCCGUCAAAACCAUGUCUAUCUUGCAACAAGCAGUGGUGCUUGAACCAGAAUCUCCCCAUAUGCGUCAACGCGACGCUAGGUGACACCAACCCAGACACUGGGACGGGAAAGGAAGGGGAUGUCGAGGCCAGAUGCUUCCAGCGGGACUCGCCUCGAGAUCAACUCGUGGUCACGCUCUACCUGCUAACCGUCUUUGGGCUCCUUCUCGGUGCGGGAAUAAAAGGCAAAAUGAUCAAAGCAGGCCUGGACACGAGCAUGCCUCUCAAGUGGUGGGAAGCGUGGCUUCCGUGGAGACAAGCUCGGGGCACAGCAGUUGGAUUGGGCGAUCGGCGGUAUAGCAGGUCUCGGGAGCGGAGUGACUACAUCGCGCUACACACCAACGAGGGUUGA